UUUUUUUCUUGCAAAUAUGGCUGCAGUGAACAAGUUUGUUAUCGUCGUUGUCCUUCUCUUCGCGAUGACUAUUGUUGAUAUGUUUGGAACGUCAAAUAUGCAAGUGAUGGCUCUUCGAGAUUUGCAAAUCAACGCAGAAAGAACAAUAAUGAAAAUGAAGCUAUUUUCCGAUGUUAAUAUUUUGGGAGAUUGUUCUAAUUCUUGCAAGACUGAUAGUGAUUGCAGUGGCGGAUUUACUCUAUGCCAAUGGUGUUGGGAGAAGACGGACUUUAAUGGUCGUAAAUACAAGACAUGUAGCAUGUUGCCUUGAACUAAUUAAUAUAUAUCACGGAUCGAAAAUUAAUAUCGAUCUCUAGUGUUUCUUUCAAUAAUAAGUUUCAUGUAUUUCAAAUUAAAAUGUUUGUAUUUCGUAUCCCUUCAAUAUUAAUGGAGUAAUA